CAGCAAUAUGAUGGCAAUUACGGCCGGCACGAGGACAGUGAUGGACGGCCAGGGCGCGUGGGCGCUGCAGGCGGCUGCCCAGUGAUCACGCAACCGGGGGGAAUUCCAGCGGUGGCGCGCAGGACCUGCCGGAGACGAAUUGGCACCAUGAGGCUGCCCAAAGUCCUGCUGAUGAUGGCAGCCGCCCGGGCCCAGGAGCUCGAACAAAUACGCCUCGAGUUCUUGGUAGAUCAUCUCCAGGAGACCAUGGCCGACGCCUGGGACGUCACGGGCACGGUGGCCGAGCUCGUCGAGUCGGCCGUGCCGGACCACCAAGCUGAUUUGGUAGGGGGCGCCGAAGCUUUACGCAAGGCCAUCUUCGCGUCCCUGCGCAUGUUGGCCGAAGAGGGCCGGGUCUACAUGAUGUACGCGGGCUUCGAGGCGGACGGGACCUUCUGCGGGUACUACGGCGAGGGACAGAGCUCGCGAGGCGACGACUACUACUACACGCUGCUGCGGGGCUGGGACUGCGCCUGGAACUACGUGGAUUCGUGCGCGACGGACUGCGCCGGGGACUGCGUUGCAGACGUGACCGUGCCGUGUGUUGAUGGCUACAAGGGCGCCAACCCCGAUUGUAGGCGCUACUACGACGUGUCCAGCGACACGGGCGUACCUGAUACUUGCGCCUCGGCCGUGAGCUGCACGACGUAUUUUGAUGAUCACUACAACACGGCAGUCUACGACCCGCGCAUGCGGCCCUGGUACACUAAGGUCAAUGCCGCGACGCCGCGCGCCUGGUCGAGCGUCUACCCCUUCGCGAGCGAGGGCGUGCUGGGCAUCACGGCGGCCUGGCGCUUCGCCAACAGCGGCGGCGGCGUCGUCGGGUUGGAUCUGAAAUUGGGCUCCAUAAGACAGAUCGUCGCCGACGCCUACGCCGCCGCCGACGGCUCAUUCACGCCGGCCUACGUGACGACGGCCGAUGGUUUAUUAGUGGCCGCCUCGGAUUCUAGUGUUGCGCUCGUGGAUGGUGACGGAAAUCCAGUAACCGCUACAAAUUGCUCGUCGGCCGCGAUCCGCGCCGGCGAGGCGUACCUGGCGACGUCAACCAGUUUCACGGGCCGGGCGGACGCGAUCCUAGAAAUAGAGGGCGUCCCGUACUGGCUCUUCCGCGGCGCCGUGGCCGACGCCUACGGCCUCGACUGGAGAGUCAUCGCAUUACAUACAGCCGCGUGCCGCGCGGGCUACGGUUUGCGGGGCAGCGCCUGCGCGCCCUGCCCCAAGGGCGCGGCGUCGGCCGCUGGAAAACCGUAUUGCGACGUCCGCGCGCACCACUACCGCUUCGUGGAGAACGCGGUUGAAGUGUAUGCGUGCCCGGCGCACGACGACGCCUGCCGCGGCCAGCGCGGUGAUCAUGGAGCCGGCGACGCGUUGUGCGCGCGCCGGGCGACGGGCCCGCUCUGCAUGAGAUGUAUGAGGGGGCACCACCGGGUCGUCACGCGGAACGGUAGAGCAAGAUGUAAAAAAUGUGGCGACUGGCGGUCCAUCGCGGGCGUCUACGUUUAUUUGGUUGUUUUUGUGGGCUUGGCGUUCAUCUGGUUGGCGUGGGCGCGCAAGGCGUUAGCGCGCGAGGUGCGGACGCUCGCCGACCGCUUACGAGCUAGAAGCCGGCUCCAGGGCUUCGACCGCGCGCUGCCGACGCUCUGGAUCGUGGCGCGCCAGGCCAUCUACGCGAUCACGGUCAUGUCUCAAGUCAGGAGCAUCGAGCGGUUGAGUCUGCCGCGGCCGUAUAGUCAUCUCAUGGACGCGCUGACGGCGUUCGCGAUCGAUAUUGAUAAAUACUUGGGGCCGUUGGCGUGCUUCGAACUUGGGUAUUAUCAACAAUUGAUAUUUUGGACUCUGUUACCUCCCGUACUGUUGAUGAUAGCGGUGUCCCUGACGGUCGCGUCGGUCUCGAUGCAUCAAUUACUCGCUAAACAUCGCCUGACCUCAAAAUUCAAGCGCCAGGACGAGUUCCGACGAUCCUCAAGACCAUCAUUGCAGGAAGCUUCAAGAAGGGCCUGGGAGGCCGUGCGGACGCAGAUUAAUGCUGUGGUUGCCUUUAGAGCAAAUACCCAUUACAAACCACCUAUACAAGAAGACAAGGUCGUGACGAUGGCGGACGCGCUACGUAAAGUCGUCACGGGCUGGGUCAUCCUGUGCAUCUAUCUCCACUCAUUUAUUUGUGGGGUCAUUUAUAAGGCGUUCGUCUGCGCAAGGCCUUUACAGAGUGAAAAGUUCUUGACGGGACGAGGUGAGAAAGCUUUUUUACGGGCGGACUACGGCUUGGUGUGCGGCACGCAAACACACAAAGCUUACGUAUUGUACGCUACACUAAUGUUAGUAGUGUACGCGACCUUCCCCGCUAUAUUAGCGUUACGACUUUAUAUCAACAGAAAAGACGGUAAACCGGACAAGUAUCUAGGGUUCAUGGUGUCCCACCUGCGGCCGGGCGCCUGGUGCCUCGAAUGCGUCGCGAUGUGGUAUCGCAUGGUGCUAAGUGGCGCCUUGUGGUUGUUUUUCCGGAGGGAUGAUGAUGUGGUGCGCUUGGGGUUGUGUGUGGUCUUCGUCAUCUUGUUCGUGGCCGCCAUCAGUUUUUUGCGACCCUAUGCCACGGAAGGUAAGAGGCAAGCGUGCACGAUGAUCCAGCACUCUCUCUUAAUUUUCUUCUGUCUGGCUAUUGCCGUCAAAGGUGAACUUUUCAGUCCGAAACGCUUCGCCUUGUUUGGCACUUUGGCGUUUGUCGCCACGAUUGGACUGGCGUGUGGCGUGGCCUGGCAUGUCUGGCGGGCCGACGUUCGAGCACUCGUGGAUGGCCUGCACGCCCAUAAGCUAGAUAGACUGGCACUCAGAAGGUUGUAUGAAGGGGCCGAGAAGGCGGUGAUCGGUGAAGCGAUCCUCGAAGCGGCGUUGGUACCGAUCGAGGGCGGCGUCGAGGCUAGUGACGAGCGCUGGGAGUUUGUGGAGAGCGAGCUGUUCGGGUCGCAUGGGGCGACGCGCGACGUGUUGCGGGACGUCUGGGACGACCCCGGUACCGAAGAUCUGGAGCCCUGGCUUGGGGCCGUAAGAGCCCAGGCGUCGCGGAAGCUCUGGGCGGAGAAUGAUGACACGAUGACCGUGGAGGCCUUUGCGAGUGACGUCGACGAGGCGGCGCCCUGGCUUCGAAAUUGGCUGCGACCCUUUGUGGAGAGGGCCUACGCUUGCGUCGCUGAAGAGGGUCCCUUGAAAUGUUGCGACGCGCUCUUGGCGUUCGACCUGGCGGUCAUUCACGCGCUGGGCGGGGAGUGCACCGUCGACCAGGUGCGCAAGAAGCUCCACGGCCUGGCGCACCAAGCUACAGAUAAAAAACACGCCUGGUCCUUCGCGCAUGGUAAGGUGGCGCCGGCAUCAUCAUUUUCUGAUGCUUUAAGAAGGGCAAGUCGUACUAUUUUACAUCAGCACGACGACCCCUACGCCUUCGUCAAGCCCGAGCAGCCGCCGCUGUGCUCGCGAUAUACUGUUUUAGCUAUCCGAGCCAAGGCCCUUGCGUUACAAUCAGACGACGCGAUGGCCCAGAUAGCUAGAGUGGCUUUGGAGGACGACGCAGGUCUCAAAUUGGUCGAACGGGGCUCUGUUGGUUUAGAGAUGAGUGUCGAGCAGCCGUCGCUGACGGAUGCACAACUGGCGGCCUACGUGCAGACGCUCGGCGGAUCAUCUUUAAGGGAUCGAGUGGACGCGGACGCGCUGCCGGACAUUUUGCACGAUUUAGCUGGUUGUGCUCAUACUUCUUUUCGUAAUGCUCUAGAGGCCAUCGUCAAGGCGUGCCCCGGCAGCUCUUUGCUAGGUGGAUGCGCGUCGGAUACCGCGGUCAAAUCUGUCUCGAGGAUGCGCGCCAAGGUCCACGAGUAUCGAGCCGAGGAGGGGGCGACGUGGCCGGCCUGCGCGCGCGUCCAGGAUCCGCUCCGCGCGACCAUACUAUGUGAAAGUAGUGCGGUCAUGCUCGCGGCACUGGAGCAGGUCGAGGCAAGACCGUUCCGGCUGUUGCGGCUGAAGAACAACCUCGCGAGCGAGAAGAAGCCCUUCAACCUCCACGCGGUCCUCGAGUACACUACAAAAGCGGUCGGCGUGCCGUUGGUCGUCGAGGUCCAGUUGUUGUUUGACGACCUGCUCCCGCUCUUCGAGCACACGCACAACCUGUACUCCGUCUACCGGGCGCGGUCGUUCGCCGAAAGGCACACGUGAUUGGGCCCCCAGGGCUCCCUGUGCUAAGUAUCUUUGUGUGAA